GGAAGGGCUUCGGCCGCCCGCGGCUCCGGGCCUCUCUCCGCAAACCCUCCCUCGGGCCGCGGCGCUCGCUGAUUAUCUUAGAUGCUGUCUUGGGACCUUAAAAAUGGAGACAAUGGAAGUGACUGGAGUAUCUAUGAAACGUUCUCUUUCCAUUGAUGAAAAUGAUGAUCUAGCUCAAGCUGAUGAAGCUAAAAGGCAGAAGGUCUCAGAAUGCCAUUUGGCUAAAGAUCAGGAGACUUUGGAUGAUGGUUGUGCCCUGAACAAUGAGACUGUAACCAGACAGUCAGAAACCACAACUGCCAGAGAAGGUAGAAUCAAUGUUGAGGCCCAGAUUGAAGAAGAGGAAGAGGAGGAUGGACUUUUGGAAGAGGGAGAGGAGGAGGAGGAGGAGGAUGGAGAGAGCUUUGCCGAUAUGAUGAAGCAUGGACUCACCGAGGUGGAUGUUGGCAUCACAAAGUUUGUGAGUUCUCAUCAAGGCUUCUCAGGAAUCUUAAAGGAGAGAUACUCCGACUUCAUUGUUCAUGAAAUAGGGAAAGAUGGCCGUAUAAGCCAUUUGGAUAACUUAUCCGUGCCAGUGGAUGAUGAGGAUCCUUCUGACAAUAUAUUUACAGUUCUGACAGAAGAAAAUAAGCAGCGUUUGGAAGAACUUCAGCUUUUUAAGAAUAAAGAAACUAGUGUAGCCCUUGAGGUUUUUGAAGACACCAAAGAGAAAAGAACUAUUAUCCAUCAAGCAGUGAAAUCUUUGUUUCCUGGAUUAGAGACAAAAACAGAGGAAAGAGAUGGGAAAAAAUAUAUCGUGGCUUACCAUGCAGCUGGGAAAAAGGCUUUGGCAAAUCCAAGAAAACAUUCUUGGCCAAAGUCUAGGGGAAGUUACUGCCACUUUGUAUUAUACAAGGAAAACAAGGACACCAUGGAUGCUAUUAAUGUACUUUCCAAAUUUUUAAGAGUUAAACCAAACAUAUUUUCCUACAUGGGAACCAAAGACAAAAGGGCUAUAACUGUUCAAGAGAUUGCUGUUCUUAAAAUAACUGCGCAAAGACUUGCCCAUUUGAACAAGUGCUUAAUGAACUUCAAGCUGGGCAACUUCAGCUACCAGAAAAACCCUCUGAAGUUGGGAGAACUCCAAGGAAAUCAGUUCACUGUUGUCCUCAGAAAUAUAACAGGAACUGACCAUCAAGUACAGCAAGCAAUGAACUCUCUCAAGGAAAUUGGAUUCAUUAACUACUAUGGGAUGCAGCGUUUUGGGACUACAGCUGUCCCCACAUAUCAGGUUGGAAGAGCCAUCUUACAAAACUGCUGGGAUGAAGUCGUAGAUUUAAUAUUGAAACCUCGUCCUGGAGCCGAAAAGGGGUACUUGGUCAAAUGCCGAGAAGAGUGGGCCAAGACCAAAGAUCCUGAUGCAGCCCUCAAAAAACUACCUGUCAAAAGGUGUGUGGAAGGGCAGCUGCUUCGAGGACUUUCAAAAUAUGGACUGAAGAAUAUUGUGUCUGCAUUUGGCAUAAUACCAAGAAAUAACCGUUUGAUGUAUAUUCAUAGUUAUCAGAGUUAUGUGUGGAAUAACAUGGUGAGCAAGAGAAUUGAAGAGUAUGGACUGAAGCCUGUUCCAGGGGAUCUCGUACUUAAAGGAGCUACAGCCACAUACAUUGAGGAAGCAGAUGUUAAUUCCUACUCCAUCCACGAUGUGGUGAUGCCUUUACCUGGUUUUGAUGUUCUCUACCCUAAGCAUAAAAUUAGUGAGACUUAUAAGGAAAUGCUAGCUGCCGACCAUCUAAAGAUUGACAACAUGAAACAUAAAAUCCGAGAUUAUUCCUUAUCAGGUGCCUACCGAAAGAUCAUUAUUCGCCCUCAGAAUGUCAGCUGGGAGGUUGUUUCCUACGAUGAUCCUAGAAUUCCACUUUUCAACACAGAUUUGGACAACCUAGAAGGAAAACCCCCACCUGUGUUUGCUGCUGGACAAAUCCAGGAGGUUGUGGGCAAGGGAACGGGCCAGUGGUUGAAAGAAUGGUCCAGCCAUUUUGGAAACAGUUUGGGAUUGUACAAGAAAAGAAGGCAAAUACAGGGCCCUGAAGAUGGAUUUCUCCCUCCCUCCUUCGACAUAUGCGACAAUGGCCAUUCGAGAAGUACUAAAAAUGGAUACGAGUAUCAAGAAGCAGACACAGCUGAAUACUACCUGGCUCCGCUGACGCGCUCUCUGAAGAUCUGAAUAUGGGGGGAAAUAGCAGCACCUGGGCUCGUUGGUCUUUGUCUUAUUAGCACAAACCCCAUGUGGGUUCCAAUAAUUUGUAGCAAAAGACUAUUUGUAUUUUUUUUCAAGUUUUUAUUAGCUUAAAUCAAUAAUUUGCAAUGUUUGUACAAAUGUUCAAAUUUUGGAGAUCCUAACUAAAGUUGAAAACAAGAAAUUGGUUGGUUUAUUUUGUGUGUGUCUUCACACAUACACACAGAGGAUGCACAGAGGUGAGAGAGGAAUAAUCGGU